GGAAGAGGCUAUUCACUCUCAGCGCUAUUUCUGCGGACGCCUAUGCGAUUACUAAUCUAUAUGUUACUACGCUCGGUCGAUCACACAGGCUUGUAGAAGAGGGACGGAGGAGUGCCUAAGACCGAUGCAAAUCCCUCGUCUAGCAUCAGAAAGUUUGCUCACCCAACUCGGAUCAUGAGUUCUCAUCCACCCAAUCGGUUGGGAAAGCGUCGGCAUAGUAAAGCAUGCGCACGCUGCCGCGGGAGGAAGAUACGAUGUGACUUUCAGUAUCCAAUCUGUGGUGCUUGUUCGAAAGCAGGUGCAACCUGCUUGGGCUUCGAUCCUAUUCAUGGGGUAGAUAAGCCACGAAGUGCUGUCUCACAUCUAGAGCAGGAGGUAGCUCGUUUAGAAAUCGAGCUAGGUCGUGUCAACGAUCAGCCCAGGAAUGUGUCUGAUAUUGCAAGGGAAAAGGUGGAAACACUCACCAGCUCCCUAGCAAUGGCUAUCCUAGAGCCCAGUUUUCCCCCUCAAAAAGAAACAAAGUCCCCUCCGCUUGCUUCAGCAUUUUUCCUCUCCCAUUCACCUGUACCAUAUCUCAACGACCCAGCUCCGAGAAAUACAAGGGUUGUAGAACCCCAGGAACGAGGGAACGUUCCUGGUUCGCUCUUUUCAAUUCCUCGCCAUAUCAUUAAUGUGCUGUUAAAUCAUUAUUGUGCGACAUACCGCCCACAAUACCCAGCGAUUGAAGAGCCGGACUUGUACAAGGCAUGCAACAGGGUUUACAAUGAUACACAGCCUUCUGCUUUCGAUAAGUUCUGUGUCAAUAUCACAUUAGCUAUCAGUAUGAACACGCUUAUACAAAGCGAUAAAAAAAGGGCAGCAAAAGCAACGUCUGUUUUCUGGAAUACGGCUGUGAAUCAGCUCGAUGAACUGGGGCCAUCAAAUACAUGGGAGUGGUUACAAUCCUUGCAGCUGCUUGCUCAUUACGGGUUUCUAAGCCCAAAAGAUAUCGAUUGCAGCAAAUGCGCUGCUGCCGCUACGAGACUAUGUUUGCAACUUGGAUUACACCAUGAAUUGCCUCCGUCAGCAAAGACAGAGCUAAAACCAGAAGAGCUUAAUACUCGAAGAAGGCUCUUUUGGAACGCAUAUAGCAUUGACUCUGCAGUCAACACGGUUCGUUGUCGACCAUUUAUAUGGCCAAAAUCCGCGUUAACAGCAAGGUUCCCAGAUUUCGAAUCACAAUCAUAUCAGACUCUUCAUGUCUGGCUACUGCGGCAGAUUGAAACUGAAAUCACAUUGGCCAUGUAUCAUCCGUCCAUCGCCACUAUAGACACGUUAUGGGGUUCUUCGUUCGAUCAGUGGUUCACACGCAUACACGAACGUCUCAAGGAAUGGCAUCAGACUAUCCGCCAAAAUAUCAUUCUUACUGAAAGAAUCGAGUUUCAUGAGUUGCUCUUCCAAUGCCAAAUCCUGAGGCUUAAUCGGCCUUCUCCCCGCUUUCCAAGCCCUACGGAGGAGAUGUGCAGGACCUCAUUCCAAUCGUCUUUGGCUCUUAUCAAAGAGUUUUCCUUUCUUGACCAGAAGGGUAAACUUUUCUAUCUUUGGCAUGCAGCCUACUAUCUUGUAGAGUCAGGCGUUUGCCUUCUGGCCUCAAUCGUGUCUGGGAUGGAAUUUGUAGGUCAAGAACGCACACAACUCGGAGGUGAAAAUAUCACUACUUUGAUUACAUAUAUACCAAAGCUUCCAUCACUUCUUUGGAAGGUUUCGAAUCGCUGGUCAGAUAUUACACCGCAUGCCUCUGCUCUAGAAUCGAUUUCUUUCACAGUCUUAGAGAUAUUAGAACAGUGGUCAGUUGGUGGAACAAUUGAUGGGUUUAUUUUCUACGAGAUCAAACAGAAGCUUCAUAAGCUUUCAGUCUUCUCGCCAUUCCCCUUGGACCUACAAGUUCCAGCAAAUGACUUUAUUCAACAUCCAGCAUUAGGACCUGGAGACGAGUUUCAUACUGUGUUGAAUGACCAACCGACAGAACCCGACGUCGCAGUUUCUGCUUUUGAUGCCGCAUAUUUUAUCCCCAGUUUACCGGAUCCCUCUUUGGUUCUACAAGACAGCUCUUCGAUAUUCCCUAACGCUUAUAAUGGAGAGUUUGGAAAUGCCCCAGUGUUAGACUUCUCCGCAACAGAUAUAGAAGAAAUCCUGACUUCACUAUCUGAAAGCUAA